UCAAGCUCACUCUCGCGCAUGGCGCAGUCGUCCUUUCUACCGGCGCUGCAAAAUGGCGGUGGCGGUGCUGCAGAGGCUGCGCCACGUCCCUCUGUUCCGCUCGAAGUGGAAGCGAAAGCCUCCGAUCUCCUUAUGGCAAUCUCAGAGGAGGAGGAAGAGGUGGAGGACAAAAAAGCUCAAAGUUCAUUAAAUCUUGUUCACCUUACAGAAAAUCCUCAGGGAGCUGCAGCUGGCCAAGCUUUCUCUCGUAACUUUCACUUCACAGUUUAUGGAAAGAAAAAUGUAUCUGCUAAAGUUUCUGAUUCAAUUUCAACACAGUAUCCUGUAGUGGAUCAUGAAUUUGAUGCAGUUGUUGUGGGUGCAGGUGGUGCAGGUCUGCGAGCUGCAUUUGGCUUAUCUGAGGCUGGGUUUAAUACAGCAUGUGUUACGAAAUUGUUUCCUACCAGAUCCCAUACUGUUGCUGCACAGGGAGGAAUCAAUGCUGCUUUGGGGAACAUGGAAGAAGAUAACUGGAGAUGGCACUUCUAUGAUACUGUGAAAGGCUCUGAUUGGCUAGGUGACCAGGAUGCAAUUCAUUACAUGACUGAGCAAGCCCCUGCUUCAGUUAUUGAGUUGGAGAAUUACGGUAUGCCAUUUAGCCGGACAGAGGAUGGGAAGAUCUACCAGCGUGCCUUUGGGGGACAGAGUCUUAAGUUUGGGAAAGGGGGACAGGCUCAUCGCUGCUGCUGUGUAGCUGACCGGACGGGCCAUUCAUUGCUGCACACCCUUUAUGGGCAGUCUCUUAGAUAUGACACUAGUUACUUUGUGGAAUAUUUUGUCCUUGACCUUCUUAUGGAAAAUGGAGAAUGCCGUGGUGUUAUUGCACUUUGUAUAGAAGAUGGCACCAUCCAUCGUUUAAGAGCAAAAAAUACAGUUAUCGCCACUGGAGGAUAUGGGCGCACGUACUUCAGCUGUACAUCUGCUCACACUUGUACUGGAGAUGGGAAUGCUAUGGUCACCCGGGCAGGUCUGCCUUGUCAGGAUUUGGAAUUUGUGCAGUUCCAUCCCACAGGGAUCUAUGGAGCUGGUUGCCUUAUUACUGAGGGCUGUCGUGGUGAAGGAGGCAUCCUAAUCAACAGUGAAGGUGAAAGGUUUAUGGAGAGAUAUGCGCCAGUUGCCAAAGAUCUUGCUUCAAGGGAUGUUGUGUCUCGCUCCAUGACUAUUGAGAUCCGUGAAGGAAGAGGAUGUGGACCUGAGAAAGACCAUGUGUACUUGCAGUUGCACCAUUUGCCACCUCAGCAGCUAGCAACACGUCUUCCUGGGAUUUCAGAAACUGCUAUGAUAUUUGCUGGUGUGGAUGUCACCAAAGAACCUAUUCCUGUUCUGCCUACUGUACAUUACAAUAUGGGAGGUAUCCCUACAAACUACAAAGGGCAGGUGAUUACACAUGUGAAUGGCAAAGAUCAAAUAGUACCUGGUUUGUAUGCUUGUGGUGAAGCAGCCUCUGCCUCUGUUCAUGGUGCUAACCGUCUUGGAGCAAACUCUCUCUUGGACUUGGUAGUCUUUGGUCGUGCAUGCGCUCUUAGCAUUGCAGAAUCCUGCAAACCUGGGGAGUCAGUUCCAUCAAUUAAACCAAAUGCAGGUGAAGAAUCUGUAGCAAAUUUGGACAAAUUGCGCUUUGCCAAUGGAAGCAUCAGAACAUCAGAACUCAGGCUUAAUAUGCAAAAAACAAUGCAGAGCCAUGCUGCAGUAUUUCGCACAGGGCCUGUCUUACAGGAAGGUUGUGAGAAAAUUUCCAGCCUUUAUAGCAGUAUGGAUGACCUGAAGACAUUUGACAGAGGUACAUCUAGAUGUAGAUUACUAUGCUGUGCUGUAGCAUUUUUACAAAUGUUUAAAAACUUGGUAGUAAAAGGCUUUGUGUCAACUAAGCAAAUACUUUUAGUAUCAGCUUUGAUUCUAAAGCAAAUAAGAUAAUAUACAGUAUUUGUA